AAUAAUAGCAAAAUGAUACGAAAGAUUCAAAGAGGGAUUUACUAUAGUUUUGAUGAGCCCCAAAUCGGGAAAUUAAAUCGACCACCGCCACCGGCGAUGACCACCGCCGGCGUAGCCACCAAUAGGCGCCGCGGCCGACGGAAAAGCAAGAUGGAAAGGCUGAAAACCGAGCCCCAAUCCAGCCACCACAAACACCUCUCCACAGCGAUCCCGGCGCUCAUCUCCGCCACUUCAGCCGCUCGCUCGUUCCUCCUCCGCCACGACCUUCACCUCCUUCCCUCCCAAACCCUAGCCCUAGAAUCGCUCCUCUCCUCCACCUCCCGCUCCCUCCUCCACCUCCUCUCCCUCGUCUCCAUCCCCACACCCCCUUCCCCCAGCCCGCCCCCUUCCCCGCCGCCUCAGCAGAGCUGGUUCGACCGCUUCAUGGCCACUUCCCCCGAUUACGAUCCGCGCUGGGUUCAAUUCUUCAACCUCUCUAAGCCGUCUUUCACUCUGCUCCUCCGCCUCCUCACCCCCUCUCUCAUCUCAUCUCUCCACCCCUUGCCCCCCAAUGCUGCCCUCGCCGCGGCCCUAUUCCGAUUAUCUCAUUCGGCCUCGUUCUCUGCUGUCUCGCGCCGCUUCUCUCUCGACUCCCGGACUUCCUGCAUCGCGUUUUAUUCAGUCUGCAGAGCUAUCGUGGAGAAUCUCGGUCAUUUGUUUGAAUUCAACUCUGACAUCAACAGAAUUAUAGUGGGAUUUGGCUGGAUUUCUCUGCCCAAUUGCUGUGGCGUUUUGGGGGUUGAAAAGUUCGAAUUGGAAAGCACCGAAAAUAGGUCUUUGUUAGUUCAAGCUUUGGUGGACUCGGAAGGGAGGUUCUUGGAUGUCUCUGCUGGCUGGCCGGGGAGCUUAAAACCGGAAGAUGUGUUGAAGCGAUCAAAGCUUUUUUCUGGGGUUGAGGAGUCUAAAGAGUAUCUCAAUGGACCAUCUUUUGAACUGAACUCUGGCAAUGUAAUUCCUCAGUAUUUAUUGGGUGAUUCGUGCUAUCCACUUCUCCCUUGGCUUCUGACGCCGUACAGUGGUAAGAAUAGGGAGUUGAGCUCUUCGGAAAUGGAGUUUAAUGGGGUGCAUUGCAAAGGUAUGGAGUUGGUGGGGACGGCUUUUGCCAAGGUCAAGAAGAAGUGGAAGCUUGUGGGGAGGAAAUGGAAGGAGCAAUGCAUUGAGGCUUUCCCUUUUGUCAUUGUUGCGUGUUGUUUGCUGCACAAUUUUCUCAUCAAGUGCAGCGAGGUGUUCCCCGAGGAAAGUGUUGAGGGUUGUAAGGAGAGGGAGUUUACGGAGUUUGAUGGGGAGGACAGUGAGAUUGGGAAGAGGAUUCGGGACGCACUUGCUUCACACUUUACUCGGGGAAGAUCGUGUCUAUACCCGUAAACAAGAACGUCUUCUUCUCAGGCCGUGCUCCAGAAUCAGCAUACGACACAACCGAUCCUCUACCGUUGAACGAAGAGCAACAAUAAAAGCCUAAGCCGG